AAACAACUAUUGAAAUUGGGAAAAGACUGAAUUGGCCCCAUAUAAAUUAAAGCACCAGAGACUUCUCUUCCCCUUCAACCACAGUUUUCCUACUCCCUCCACCGCCUCUCGCAGUUCAAGCCGGAGGAAAGCACAGACACCUUCGCCACCAGCCUCAGCUGCCAUCUCCUCCUCCCACAGCCUCCUUCACGCCGCCACCUUGAGUUUGAGCAAUGGCGACGGAUCAAAGGAAAAGGACAAUGGAUGCAUUGGAGAGAAGGUUUGCUGUUGCAAAAGCUGAGUUGGUUCAACAACAGCAAAAGAAACACAAAGUAACACAUCAUGAGGGACAUAGGAAAGAAAAUAACAAUGCAGCCUCUACUUCAUUGCAUCGAGCGGAUGCACCGAAGACUCCUUCCAGUAGCUUGUCGAAGAAAGGGAGUUCUUUUUUCUUCGGCUACACUCCAUCUCAAGAUCCAGAAGAAAAUGGCUUAGCAUAUUCACAGCUCCCCCAAGCUGCACACGAAAACCUGUUGACGACUGGCGUCAAGUUCGAGAGUAAAAAGGGGAGUGUGGUCGACAAGAUUUUGCACGAGCUUUUUCAGCACGGUGAUGCUUCUCAGAAGUACAUGCAGGGAUCCAGAAACAUAAAGAUUGAUAACUGGAUCCUUCUUGAUAAUUAUGUACCAAGCAAAUCUACUGGUUCUCAGACUAGAGCUUCACAAUCCAACCCAAAGCAUUCGAGAAGGCACAUGUCUAUGAAGCAACAUAAAAAACUUGGGAUGUUUAAUUUGCCUCAAGAUCUCCAAAAAUUUGAUGUUUAUAAGCCAAUGCAUGAGAUAUGGAAAGACUAUAUGAUGCAGCUUCUCAAGAAAACUGGGAGGAACGAGUUGCCCAAAUGUCUUCUGAGUGCAGAUCUACAUGGCGCUGCUAUUCUAGUUGCUGACUGUAAGAUAAAAUCAUUCACUGGAAUUAGUGGUAUUAUGAUUCGUGAAACUGCAGAAACAUUUGGGAUAAUCACACAAGACAGCAAAUUGAAAGUGAAUGGGGAUGAUGUGCACAAUGUGAAGGUCUAGGCUGAAAUAAAACUCCCUGGUCUGAAUGACAUGUUGAUGACUAGCAAUUGGCCUAGCUUUGUCUAUGUGGCUCAAGGUCGGAGGAUUGAAGCCAAGGAUCUUGUGUGAGCUCAGAGCGUGAAACAAAAGAUUCUGGAUCCAAGUCAACAAAGCCAUGACUGGAGCCUUUUCAUCAUGCUCAUGACUGUCAGGUAUAGCAGAAAGACGGUGCAUUAUUACUUGUGUAAAGCACUGUGAGGAUCAUAAGCAGUGGAAAAUGAAGCUGGUUAACGAUCUUGAUUGAAAGAUUGAAGGGGGUGUUUGGUAUAACGAUAAAGAUUGUAUUUUGAAGUAUUUUUUUAUUUGUAAAUGUAUUAACAAUAAUUUUUUAAAUUUUAUUUUUAACAUUAA